GAUAUGGCUCUAUAUUUCCCACAUCAGAACUAAAAAUCUCAGUCCGAACAUAGUCAUUCCAAUAGUACAAUUAAAUCUGAAUUUCAACUCCAAAAGUCUAGAGAUUUUUAUACUUUUCUACAAAACAAUAAAUCAGAUACAUAUUUCCAUAUCUACUGCUGUUCACAAUACAAAAGAAAUGUGCUCGAAUACCCAAGAACGUGCAACGCGGCCCCACGAGCCGGGACGAGUGUGUCGCGAAUCGCUCUACUUGCGGUCGAAGCGGCCCAAUCGAGUUGUCCCCGCCUUCACCUACCAGGCUCUGCAGAAGAACACUGUGGUAAAGCCUCCUCCAAAAAUCGACAUCUUUAAGCGGCGACCCGUGAGGGAGACUGUCUUUAAGAUCUACUUCAGUCGCGGGGAUAUCCCGUGUGUCCUGGCUGGACGUAGCAACAAGCAGGACCCCACCAAGGAUCGGCCUCUGCGCUGGAACUGCGUGCCGGAGGAGCUCGACUACUGCUACUAUCUGCCAAUCUUCGUGGACGGGCUGGCGGACAUGGACAGUGACACGCGGCUGCUGGCCAUCAACGGAGCCAUCGACCUGAUCAUGCGCUCGCCCAAGAAAGUGCUGCCCGUGCUGCCGAAACUGAUUCUGCCGCUGAAGCGGGCCUUCCAGACCCGCGACAAGCGCAUCAUCAUCUCCGCCCUACAGGUGGUCCAGCUGAUGGUGCGACUGGGUCCCUGUGUGGGCCAGGCUCUGGUGCCGUUCUAUCGCCAGCUGCUGGCCGUUUGCAACCUUUACAAGAACAUCAACGUGAAUCUGGGCGAGGGCAUCGAUCCGGACCGCAGCAAGCGCAUCGGCGAUGUCAUCGAGGACACCCUGAAGCUGCUGGAGUACUGCGGCGGCCCGAACGCCUUUAUCAACAUCAAGUACAUGGUGCCCACCUACGAGAGCAGCGUCUUUCCCCGCUGCGAGAUGCCACCGCCACCGUAAUCAAUUUGAUAUUUCGAUCUAAUUAAGUUGUGCUUUCGAUUUCAGUUUAUUUAGUUUCGUUUUUCGGCCGGCAAUUACUGAAAACAAAAUUAAGCCAAAUUACUAUUUUUGUAAUUUUUCAGAUCAGAGUUCAUUAAAUCCAUAGUUCCAUAUCCUGGAUACAUA